AGUGUCUAUUGAAAAUAUGGAAAUAAACAUAUUUAUAGUUGCAGUUGCAGUUGCAGUUACUACUGAUCAUGUCUUAGUCCAUGCACAGCGGUCUUUUAACUGUGCUGUAGCAGCAUUUUGUAAUGAUGUUACCAUUGAUCCUAGAAUCCAAACUGAUUGUAUGAAUUGUAACGUUAACGGAGAUCAAGUAAUAACAAGUUGUCCUGCUGGUUAUAUUCCUUGUAAUAAUGUUAAAUGUGGAUUUUCUACAACGUCUCCAACGAUAUCUAGUGGUCAAGCAACACAAAACGCAUACCCAUGGAAUGUUUACUUACAAGAUGCUAACAACGUAAAUUCAAUGACGAAAGGAUAUGUAGGAGGAGGUGUACUGAUAGACCAAUAUUUCGUAGUAACAGCCGCUCAUAAAAUUUAUCCCAAUGUAGUAUUGAGAGCUUUGUUUGGUCUAUAUGAUAUUAACGGGGCACCAGCUCAAACGAUUGAUGUCAAAUCAGUAUAUUAUCACUCAGAUUAUAAUCCGACGACAUUGAAAAAUGAUAUAGCUCUACUAAGAUUAGCAGAGCCGGUAAAUAUCGGACCUUCAGCCAACUUUAUUUGCCCACCGCAACCUGGUAUAGAUUACCAUACAUCAAAUCCAGGUGCAGACAACUGUGUAGUGGUAGGAUUUGGGAACACUACGUUUACUUCAAAUGAUGCACCUUAUGUACAUUUGAAACAAGCAUUUUUACAAAUACAAGCUUAUACAUAUUGCAAAAUGGCUUAUGAUAGUCUCGGACUUAUGACUGCAAACUAUUUAGAUGGGCAAACUGACAUUUGCGCUGGAGGAGAGCCAAAUAUAGAUGCUUGUACGGGAGACGGUGGUUCAGGUUUCGUUUGUAGAAACGUUGGAGCGAAUCAAUUCAACCUAGUUGGAAUAGUACUCUGGGGCAAAGAAUGUGGACAAGAAGGUAUUCCCGGAGUAUAUCUUUAUUAUCCCGCUUUUCUGAAUUGGGUCACAAGUACUCGAAACUGUAUAUUAAGUUCAUCGAACUGCGCACAAUGUCCUAGAGCAAUCUCAACAUAUUGUAAUUGAAAUUUUUAUCAUUUGUUACAAUAAAGUAUGAAUAUAUUUAAAUCCGUAAUACA